AAGAAUUGAGUGUUUUCUAAUCAGUUUUCAGGGUCAGUUUAGCUGCAGUAUGUCAGAGGAAAGAGGAAAGGACUCUCUCUCUCAGAUGAGUCUCUCAGAGAAACACAGUGUAAGAUCAGGCUCACAUGUGUCCAGCUCUGUGUCUCUGAAGAGUGAUCAGUCUAAUGAUGAAGGACCAAAGUUCAGUGAGAAAACACCAUCAUCUAAGAAAAGUGUAAGAUCAGGCUCACAUGUGUCCAGUUCUGUGUCUCUGAAGAGUGAUCACUCUAAAGAUGAAGGACCAGACUUCAGUGAGAAAACACCAUCAUCUUAUAAAAGGCUUCAAUAUGAGACAUUAGACUCAGAUCUUAAGACUCACAGAAACCACAAGAAUUUCAAAGACAAUCUUCUUGGGAUCUUCCAGGAUCUUGAGAGCAAAAUAAUAACAUUUCUGAAGAAUGAGCUGGAGAAGUUAAAGAAAAUAUUACAACAUGAGAACACACAACACUUUGUGAAGGACUUUAAUGAGAACAGAUCCAGUAUCAAAUCAGCAGCUCUUGAUCUCACACUACAUUACCUGAGAGAGAUGAAGCAAGAUGAAGCUGCUGAUGCUCUAGAAGGUGAGCUUCUCUUCAUUCAUCAGCUGAAAUGUGGCCUAAAGAAGAAGUAUCAAUGUGUGUUUGAAGGAAUGGCGAAGCAAGGUGACUCCACACUCCUGAAUAACAUCUACACAGAUCUCUACAUCACUCAGGGUGGCAGUGAACAGGUCAAUACUGAACAUGAGGUGAGACAGAUUGAAGUUGCUUCCAGACGUCAUGAAGCACAAGAGAUACAGGUUGAAUGCACACAUUUGUUUGAAGCGCCUGAACAAGACGAGGAGAUCCGAACUGUACUGACAAAAGGAGUCGCUGGCAUCGGCAAAUCAGUCUCUGUGCAAAAGUUUGUUCUGGACUGGGCUGAAGGAAAAGAAAAUCAAGAUAUCAGCUUCAUAUUUCCUCUUCCAUUCAGAGAGAUGAACUUAAAGGAGAAAGAAAAACUAAGUUUGAUGGACCUUAUAACUCAGUUUUUCCCAGAGACAAAAAGACUGAACCUUACAAGAAGGAAUCAGUUCAAAGUGCUGUUCAUCCUUGAUGGAUUGGACGAAUGUCGCCUUCCUCUGAAGUUUGAUUGUAAUGAGACGUGGCGUGAUGUAUCGUCACCAGCCUCUCUGGAUGUUCUCCUAACGAACCUCAUGAAGGGAAAUCUGCUUCCUUCUGCUCUCGUCUGGAUCACCAGCAGACCAGCAGCUGCCAGUAAGAUUCCUCCUGACUGUAUCGACCGGCUGACAGAGAUACGAGGAUUCAGCGACGCACAAAAGCAAGAGUACUUCAGAAAAAGAUUCAAGGAUGAUAUUCAAGCCAACACAAUCAUAGAUCAUGUUAAACAAUCAAAGAGUCUCUUUAUCAUGUGCCACAUCCCAGUCUUCUGCUGGAUUUCAGCCACUGUUCUCCAGAACAUUCUGGAGGAAAAGAGAAAUAAUGAUGUGAGAAACACUCAGGCUGAUGAGAUCUCUAAAACACUGCAGGAAUCAAACACUGAAGACACUCCCAAGACUCUGACACAAAUGUACACACACUUUCUCCGCUUUCAGAUCCAGCAGAGCCGCCGGAAAUAUGAUGGAGAAUACACACCAGAUGUUUCCUGGGAUAAAGACGCCAUCCUUUCACUGGGGAAACUGGCAUUUCAUAAUCUGGAAAGAAACAACCUGAUCUUCUAUGACACAGACCUGGAAGCCUGUGGUCUUGACGUCUAUAAGGCAUCAGUGUACUCAGGCAUGUGCACCCAGAUCUUUAAGGAGGAAACAGGGAUCGUUCUUGGUACCAUGUACUGCUUUGUUCACUUGAGCAUUCAAGAGUUUAUUGCAGCCCUUUAUGCACAUCUGUUUCUAGACAUCAACAAGACAAGUGUGUUUGAUCAUGAGUCUACAGAACAGGAAAACAGAAAUGAAACCAUGAUUGAUUUUCUCAAGACUGCAGUGGACAAGGCGCUGGAGAGUGACAAUGGACACCUGGACCUUUUCCUUCGCUUCCUCCUCGGUCUGUCACUCCAGUCCAAUCGACGACUCUUACGAGGUCUGUUGACACAGCGAGACGACACUGACCAGAGCAACAAGGGGAUAGUUCGACGACUCUUACAAGGUCGGUUAACACAGCGAGACGGCACUGACCGGAGCAACAAGGAAAUAGUUCAGUACAUCAAGCAGAAAUUAGAAGAUAAUCUUCCUGCAGAGAGAUCCAUCAAUCUGUUCUACUGUCUGAAUGAACUGAACGACCAAACUCUGGUGAACGAGAUUCAGACCCACCUUAGCAAAGGAAGUCUCUCAUCUGGUGACCUUUCACCUGCCCAGUGGUCUGCUUUAGCCUUUGUGUUGUUGACAUCAGAGGAAGAGCUGGAGGAGUUUGAGCUUCAGAAAUUCAAGAAAUCAGAUGAGUGCCUCAUCAGAUUAUCGGCAGUCAUCAAAACCUCCAAAACAGCCCUGUUAAAUGAUUGUAACUUAACUGACAAAAGCUGUUCAGCUCUGGCUGCAGUUCUUGGAUCAGAGACCAAUCUGAAAGAGCUGAACAUGAACGAUAAUGAUCUGCAGGAUUCAGGAGUGAAGCUGCUCUGCACUGGACUGAAGAAUAUAAAGUGUAAAUUGGAGAUACUGAGUCUGAGUGAUUGCAGUAUUACAGAGGAACAGAGUCUCAUCCUGACUUCAGCUCUAAAAUCAAACCCGUCACACCUGAGAGAGCUGAACCUGAGCGUGAAUAAACUAGGAGACUCAGGAGUGAAGCACUUAUGUGCCGUACUGAAGGAUUCACACUGUAAACUGGAGAGAUUGAGGUUAAGCUGCUGUGAUAUGACAGAUGAAGGUUGUUCUGAUGUGACUUCAGCUCUGAAAUCAAACCCGUCACACCUGAGAGAGCUGGACCUGAGCGGGAAUAAUCUAGGAGACUCUGGAGUGAAAAACCUCAGUGAUCUACUGAUGAACCCACAAUUCAAGCUGGAGAAACUACAUCUGAGUGAUUGCAGUAUUACAAAGAAACAGAGUCUCAUCCUGACUUCAGCUCUGAAAUCAAACCCGUCACACCUGAGAGAGCUGGACCUGAGCUGGAAUAUUCUAGGAAACACAGGAGUGAAGCACUUAUGUGCCGUACUGAAGGAUUCACACUGUAAACUGGAGAGAUUGAGUCUACAGUGCUGUGGCAUUACAGAUGUUUCUUCUUUAACUCAGUCUCUGACUAACUCAAAAGCACUGCAGUUUUUAAAAGAGCUUGAUCUGAGAGGAAAUAAGAUAGGAGACUCAAAGCGGCGGCUCAGAGACGAGCUACGAGACUCAAACUGUGUCCUGAGUGUAGAUGAAGAUUGAUCACCAAACGUCAGUGGAUUUCCAUCAUGGUUUAAAUCUGUGAAACGGAGAUGAGAGGAGCAGAAACCAUCAGGUGAUCCACAGAAGAGUCUCACUGCUGUCUAUGAGGAGAAAUACAUGUGUAAAUGUGUUUCAUACAGGUGGAAGAGACUCAGACCCCACUAUUAAAUAAAGCAGCGUGUGUGUUAGCAUGCAUAUUAGAAACAUGUGAUAUUGAAUGAUUAAUGUUGGUUUAUUAUUCAGCCAAAUGAUGGUUUAGUUGUAAUUAAAGGUGGAACAGAGGAAGAAGCUCAGAUGAGUGUCAGCAGAAAUCUUCACUAUCAGGCCUGCAAAUAUAAUAA